GGAAGGGGCGGAGUCGAGGAAAAUGGCGGCGGCGCAGCGGGCGCUUCUAGCUGCUCCUCAAAUAAGCCUGCUGGCCAUCAGAUGUGCUUCUAAGAAAACUGGGGGCAGCUCCAAAAAUUUAGGUGGCCGCAGCCCUGGGAAGCGCUACGGAUACAAAAAAGUAGAAGGUGCAUUUGUGCAUGCAGGCAACAUUUUGGCUACUCAGAGGUUGAUACGCUGGCAUCCAGGGGCUCAUGUGGGGAUGGGCCGUAACAAGACGCUUUACGCCCUGGAGGAUGGGAUCGUGAGAUACACCAAAGAGGUCUAUGUACCUCCACCCCGCAGCAGUGAGAGCAGGGAAGUGAUCUGCCAGCUACCCAAAGGAGCAAUUCUCUAUAAAACCUUUAUCAAUGUUAUCCCUACCACAGAAGUAGGAAGCUUUAAACUGGUCACCAUGCUCUGAUCCUCUUGUAUGAUGUAGGGAUGGACAGGAAGGAGCAGCUGGGACAGACUUCUCCAGCUGGACUGGCAGCUGAAGAUAAAAGUACUCUAGUUCUGGAGAUAGCGCUUUAGGACUUUGUUUUCUUGCUCCUAAAGUAUGUGUGGUCAGCAUCCAGGCACUGGAAUCACCUGAUGGCAUUUGUAAGAGGGCAUAAUAAAUGCUGUGGGGGCUG